AUGUGUGUGAUGUUCGAGAGUAUCAGAAUGAGUUGAGAGAGGAUUGAGGAUGAAGUCUUUGGAAAGUAGGGGAGAUUGAUAGGGUCUGGGCAUACUUAUGGGGAAUACCUGAUGAGUGGAAAAGAAGAAGGGGAAAUUCAUUUUUGAAGGGGUUUGAAGGGUUUUUAGUUUGAUUUGUAAUGUUUUUGGUUUUCCUUGGGAUAGUAUCUUCCUAUAUAUUCAAGUUUCUUUAAUUAUUAAUCGAUUGGGCACCCAAGAAAUGAAAUCAAGACCAAGACAGAUCGAUCCAACAAAACCAGUACUGAUCUCCAACAGUCUAGAAGCAUUCACUAAUGCAGAAGGACAAGAAGCAGACAUAAAAAACACGGAAUAAAUCAUCACACCUGAUCAACUCUUAAAAGAAAAGUAAAUUGCACAUAUUCAAUCAAUUACCUAUAAGGAGCAAGUAGAACAAUUUCAUACUACUUGA